UCAGAGAGAAAACAACACUUUGGACUCUCCAUGUUAUCUUUUUCAGCAAAUGAUGCUGUGUCAAUGUUGUGGAAGAUUGUGGAGGCUCAGAGCAUGUGCAUGUCAAUUAAGAGGUGUACGGGACGUUCACUCUAUUGGUCUUGCUGUAAACACUGAGAACCAGUAUGGAGCAGAUCAGGGACCGUGUUUUCAAGCAUAAAAACUACAACUUUCUGGUCGGUCAUACAACUCCAGACUACAUAGACUCUCUUGAGAGUUUUGAAAUAAAAGACAGUGAUGUCUUCGUUGUGACUUAUCCAAAGUCAGGUACUGUAUGGGCUCAGCAGAUCAUCAUUUCCAUCCACGAACUGCAUGGGAAUCAGAAUAAAUAUUCAAACAACAUGGAGAGGAUGCCGUGGCUGGAGUACAAGAUAGCUGAAUACACUCUCCUCCCCUCUCCACGACUCUUUGCCUCGCAUCUCCCUGAACAUAUCAUGCCUCCAGGAGUGAAAGAGAAGAAGGCAAAAAUCUUGUAUUUGAUGAGGAAUCCAAAGGACAACGUGGUGUCUUUUUAUCACUUCAGCAAAGCCAUGGCAGACCUGGACACUCCCGAGAGCUUUGACCAGUUUUUUGAGUGGUACAUAACAGGAAACAGCAUUCCAGUAUCCAGCUGUGGGGCAUUGAGUCAUAGGCCUUCUUGUAAUCAAUCCAGGCAGUGCACAGUUUUUGCAUCAUCCUGGUUUGACCACGUCAGGGAGUGGUAUUUAAACAGAGAGCAGUACAACAUCCUCUUCCUGACCUACGAGGAAAUGAUUUUGGACCUGAAAGCAUCAGUGAAGAAGAUCUGCAACUUCUUAGGGAUAAACCUGACUGAAGCCGCCAUCAGUCAAGUUUUGGAAAAAGCUACAUUUCAAAACAUGAAGAAUGACACGAAAGCAAAUUAUGAGCAUCUUCCACCAGAGCGGUUCAGUGGGAAAUUCCUGCGCAAAGGUCAGAUUGGAGACUGGAAGAACACACUGACUGUUGCACAGAGUGAAAGAGUGGAUCAAGUCCUUCAGGAGAAACUUGGUGAUUUGCCUUUGAGCUUCAUCUGGGAAUAAGCAGAGCAGCUCUUCAGGGUCUCCCAGGAGUUUUAAAAGCAUUGAUUUCAUUAAUCUGAAAAAAGCAUAAAAAUGUGUUUUUCUGGUAUUAAAACAAAAAAAACAACAACAACAAAAGAUUAAUGUUUGUUUGCCCAAGAUGGAUUCAUGUCAUGUAGAUCAUGAUUCCAGGAAUCAACAAAGGUCAUUAAUAAAAUGUUUAUCAGUCAGCACACGAUACUUUGGAUUCUCAUAAUUUCUGAAUAGUCAUUAACUGUUAAUUGUGUUUUUUAAUCACAUCGCUUUGCCUUGACCUUAAAAUGUAAGAAAUUUCUUGAAAUAAAUGUACUUUUGCCAUGAA